AUGGGCUGGAUCCUGUGUAUUGUGUCCUUUCUAAUCAUCUCCACCAACCUCCUGGUGGCUACCUCUCUUGUACUUCUGAUCCGAAAGCGAGGCUGCCGUAGCUGGUGUUUUGUCCUCAACCUCGCCCUGGCCGACAUCCUGGUGGGCUUGGCCAUAACUGUCAUCGCCAGUGAUGGACUUGAUCCCAGUGAGCACCCGAUACAGAAAAUGGACUGCCUCCUCCGCAUGGCCUUCGUUACUUGCCCGUCGGCCGCCUCUAUCCUCACCAUGUUCCUCAUCUCGCUGGAUCGUUAUGUGGCCAUCAAGCUGCCCCUGCGCUACACACGUAUCUCUACCAAGUGGGCGAGCGGUGGCUCCCUUGUACUCGUCUGGGCUCUGGCAUCGCUGGGUUUCCUGCCCUGCCUGGUGAGAGAGAUGCAGUGUGAAGAGUACAAAGGCACGUGCACCUUCUUCUCCGUCAUCAAGCCACACAGCAUAAUUUUCAUCUUCUGCGCUAGCUUCUUCCCCGUGCUUGGCAUCUUCGUCUACUUCUACCUGGACAUCCUCAAGAUCGCCUGUGGGCACCAGCGGCAGAUAAGACAGGCCUGUAAGGCUGGGGCCCGCCACUGCCAGCCCAGUCGCUACUGGUGCCAUGUCAAGGCCCUGCGGACCGUGGCAUUGCUGGUGGGAUGCUUCACCCUCUGCUGGUGCCCGUUCUUCACAGUCAGUGUGGUCCAGGUUCUCUGCACUAACUGUAAGCUGUACCGCUUCCUGGAGAACCAUCUGUGGCUUCUGGGGCUUUCCAACUCCCUGGUCAACCCCCUGGUUUAUGCCUGCUGGCAGAAGGAGGUGAGGCAGCAGAUCUGCAUCAUAUUUUCCCACCUCAAGUGUAGUGACCGCUGCCGGGCCAGUAUGGACUCGAAGAAUGGCCACUUAGACAGACCUGGUCCUGUGACCACCCAGACAUCUUUGUUUAGGGAACAUCUCGGUGUUCCACUAACUUCACUCACAGUCCAUGAGCGCAUUGCCGUCACUGUGCCUUUAGCUAAGUAA